GGAAGUGCUUCCCAACGACUGCCUCGUCUUAAUAGACACACCGGAAACGUGCUCCCGACUAUCGGUCCGCCUGCGCCGCCGGCCAUCGGUUCCGCUUCGCGGCCCGGAAGUGCGGCCUUCAAGUUGACAAGCGAGAAGCGGCCACUACAGAUCCUGCUUGCCUGAGGAGUCUGAGAUGGCAGCGACAGAGGCAGUGCACCACAUCCACCUACAGAACUUUUCCCGCUCACUACUGGAGACCCUCAAUGGGCAGAGGUUAGGCGGUCACUUCUGCGAUGUGACUGUGCGCAUCCGUGAGGCUUCUCUGCGCGCGCACCGCUGCGUGCUGGCCGCAGGCUCACCCUUCUUCCAGGAUAAGCUGCUGCUUGGCCACUCAGAGAUACGUGUGCCACCGGUGGUGCCUGCGCAGACGGUGCGCCAGCUGGUCGAGUUCCUGUACAGCGGAUCGCUGGUGGUGGCACAGGGCGAGGCGCUGCAGGUGCUCACAGCAGCAUCGGUGCUUCGCAUCCAGACGGUCAUUGACGAGUGCACGCAGAUCAUCGCGCGUGCCCGUGUCCCCAGCACCCCGGCGCCUCCCCCGCCUCUGCCACCACCUGUGCCCCCUCCACUUGCACCCGCGCAGCUGCGCCACCGUCUGCGCCACUUGCUGGCUGCCCGUCCCCCGGGUCACCCCAACGCCGCGCACAGUCGCAAGCAGCGUCAGCCCGCGCGUCUGCAGUUACCUGCACCCCCGGCACCCAUCAAGGCCGAGGGGCCUGAUGUGGAGCCAGCGCUGACUGUCGCCCCUGAAGACAGAGGUGAGGAUGAUGACGACGAGGAGACAGAUGAAGAAACCGACGCUGAAGAAGGUGAAGGUGGUGGUGGCCAGGUUGAGGGCCAGGUGCCCCCUGCCUUCCCUGACUGUGCAGGGGGCUUCCUUACCGCUGCAGCUGACAGCGUUCGUGAGGACCCACCUGCAUCCACUGGCAUCACCGAUUAUGGUGGUGCCGGGAGAGAUUUCCUUCGGGGGACUUCAGUGACCGAGGAUGUGUUCCCAGAUAGUUAUGUGUCCGCUUGGCAUGAGGAAAGCAGCGGGGGUCCUGAAGGUUGUCCUGUGGAAACCUCUGCUCCACCCGACUGUGCCUUGGCUGGGCCUCGCCCAACGGGUGUGAAGACCCCCGGCCCCCCUGUGGCUCUCUUUCCCUUUCACCUGGGUGCCCCUGGUCCUCCAGCGCCAACACCUUCUACUUCAUCGGGGCCAACCCCUGCGCCCCCGCCCACCUUUUACUCCACCCUCCAGCCAGAUGCAGCCCCCAGUGCUCAGCUGGGAGAAACCCCAGCUGUGCCUGCCGCCCCGGCUGCUCAGGCCGCAGCCGUCACAGGCACUCCUGGGCGAGCCGCCGGUGUCCAAGCUGAGCAACCGGCCUAUGAGUGUAGCCACUGUCGCAAGACGUUCAGCUCGCGGAAAAACUACACCAAGCACAUGUUCAUCCAUUCUGGGGAGAAGCCACAUCAGUGCGCAGUGUGCUGGCGCUCCUUCUCGCUACGAGACUACCUGCUCAAGCACAUGGUUACACACACCGGCGUGCGAGCCUUCCAGUGUGCAGUGUGCGCCAAGCGCUUCACGCAGAAGAGCUCACUCAACGUUCACAUGCGCACACACAGGCCCGAGCGUGCGCCCUGCCCUGCCUGUGGCAAGGUUUUCUCACACCGCGCGCUGCUGGAGCGACACUUGGCAGCUCACCCUGCACCUUGAUCGGGAUUCAGCUAUAAACCAAGGCGUGGCCAUGUGCCUUGGACUAGGUCCACUCCACCAAGAGGCUCCUGCUGCGGAGGACGGACCCUUUCCCUUCCCCACUCUGACCCCGUUUUCCCUGUGGACUUGGGACCCGGAACCCUAUUCCCUUCUACAUAUGCCCAGACUUACACCAUUUUCAGCUUGAGCUUGGCACACAGACUCUCGACACCCGAUGCUGGAUUUGUGCCCCACCCCCUGCCGGCUAUGGUGUCCAGGGCUGUCCUCUGCCCCAGUGCUGGGCUAGAAUUCUCUGACCUCACCCCCAGUUUGAGCCAUCCUUCCCUCAUUGGGCAUCUAUGGAGUCUCAGAUGAACCUACUAUGGGACUUUAG